CCGGAGUGUAUCCAUUCUGUUUAUUUCUACUUGCUAGACCACCCAAAAUGGCUCUUGCACUUCAGGCCCGGGCCGCGAGCCUUCUUGCUAGCCAGCGCCUCGCGCGUCCUAUCGCUGGGCGCCGCGCCGUGGCCACCAAGGCACUCGAGCUUAAGUCGCCCCCUUACCCUCUAGAUGCCCUUGAGCCACACAUGAGCAAGGAGACUCUGGAUUUCCACUGGGGCAACCACCACCGCGCUUAUCUGGACAACAUGAACAAGCAGAUCGCUGGCACCCCGCUGGAGGGCAAGAGCCUCGAGGAGGUUGUUGUGGCCAGCUGGAACAACGGCAACCCCUCGCCAGUGUUCAACAACGCUGCUCAGGUCUGGAACCACACCUUCUUCUGGGAGAGCAUGAAGCCGAAUGGCGGUGGUGCUCCUACCGGUGCGCUCGCCGACGCGAUUGCACGCGAUUUUGGCAGCUUUGACAAGUUCAAGGAUGAGUUCAAGGCUGCCGGCAUGACCCAGUUCGGCUCGGGCUGGGCCUGGCUGAACGCCGACAAGUCGGGCAAGCUCAGCAUUAGCAAGACUCCGAAUGCCGUGACGCCCGUGGUCGAGGGCAAGACCCCUAUCCUCACUGUGGAUGUUUGGGAGCACGCCUACUACAUCGACGUGCGGAACCGCCGCCCCGAUUACCUGACCACCUUCAUUGAGAAGCUGGUCAACUGGGAUGCUGUUGCUUCCCGGUACGCCGCUGCCCAGCAAUAAGCGUGUGUGAUAUAAAUAGAGAAUGAACGGGGUUUCGGCAGGAUGUUUGAUGGUUCGGGUCGUUAGGUAGUUGGUCCACCGUGGAACGUAGGCUUAAGGGCUGCUAACCUUGCAACGAUCGCUUUAGCUCCGCGGACUUAUGCUUGGCUCUCAUUGCCUUUUAUGCAUCGUAAGAGGACCUCCAAUUUUGCUCGCACGCGCCUCAACAAAGCGCUAACGUAGGCUUCCAGGAGUCUAGGUGGUUUUCGUUGGCUUGCCUUUUGUUGUACCUUGCCCCUAAAGUGUGUAAAUGGGACUAUAAUGCACCCAAGGACUUCAACAACGGGACUGCCAUGUGCAUCGUUGUAGAGAUGUCUGUUGAGAGCUGGUUGCCUUGUAAGUUGCAAUGGGUUUG